AUGUCAGAAUCACAGUCCUUCUACAAAAUCUCUCCCAUCCCCAGUUCCGGCCUGGGCGUAGUGGCUACAAAGACAUUCUCGCGUGGCGAUCUAAUAAUAUCGGAAUUCCCACUAUUCAUCAUAGAUGGAGCUACAGUUGACGGCAUCGGUGGCACGGAGGCUACGAUUGACAAAGACGUAGCGCAGCUCUCUAGCAAGAAUCAGCAAGCCAUUUCGUCACUUCAUAACUGCUUCGUUGGAAAGCUUCCACCACUCCUGGGCAUAUUCAAAACGAACAGUCUUCAGUUGGGCGCUGAUAGUGUAGCGGCAGGAUUAUUUCUGGUGUGCUCAAGAUUUAAUCACAGUUGUAUCCCGAACGCAAUGUACUCCUGGAACCCCACAAUCUCUCAAGGAUGCGUUUAUGCAAUAGAUGAGAUUUCUCCCGAAGCGGAAAUAACAAUCAAUUAUCUCAGUCAAAACGAUCGCAAAUCCACCCGUGAAGACCGCCAACGAACUCUCCUCAUGAACUUCGAUUUUGAGUGCCUCUGUGCCCUCUGUGCGAACGAUCUGCACGAGAUUCGAGCCAGCGACCACCGCCGCCGUAAUAUCCGUUCCAUGGAAGAGAUUAUCGAAUCCGAUUUAUACAUACGGUCUAAUCCAGAGAAAGCUCUGGGGUUUUGCCAGAGGAUACUUAAUCUAUGGGAGGAGGAGGGGGUAAAUGAUAUUACUCUCUAUACAACGUAUUAUGAAGCCUUGAGGAUUUGUGUCAUUCAUGGGGAUUAUCCAAGAGCUAAAGCCUUCGCAAAGUUGGCGUUAAGAGUUAAAGAGGAGUGCGAAGGGCCAGAUGAUAUAUCAGAGAGAUUGGACCAUAUUAAGGGGUUAGUGAAGGAUCCACAGAGUCAUACUUUAGCGGGAACUUCGAAUAAGUGGUCGUCGAAGCCGAAAAAAGGUGGGGGUAUACAGUUUGGAAGUGAGGAGUUUGAGGAGUGGUUGUGGUAUCGAGCAGAAUAA